AUGAACGAAUAUACCUGGGGCAAGAUGAUGGACGACUACGUAUAUUUGGAAGAGAUGAGCCGGCGCGUGGGGAACUGGGGAAAGGAGAUUGUGAGAGGUGGGUAUAUGGCCGCGGGUGCCGGUAGAGGAGAAGCUAGAGGCCGGGGUCGCGGAGGUGCGAGAGGACGCGGAAGAGGUGGAGCAGGAUGUGGUGGUCAUGGUCAUGGUCGAACAAAACGAGACAUUCUCAAGAUGCAACUAGACCAGCGAGAUAUCGACAUGGAACUUCUCUCUCAAGGCAUGGAAAAACGAAAAGCCAAUCAAUCAACAUGGGAUACCAAGAACCAAACAGCUCUACUAACAAUAGAAUUUAAAUUCCACAAACCAAUGGAUCCAUUUUCUCCAUCGCCCCAAGAGCCUUUACCUCCAUUCACCAUCCUAACGCACCGGAACAACAUCUCUUCCCCCCUUCUGACACUACUCCGCUCUCAUCUCCCAGAGCGCGGAACGACCAAGAAAGAAACGGCCACCCCAAUUUGGGCCCGGCGCCUAAUAUUUCCAGACCCCGAUGAUCCAGAAGCUUUCACCAAUCCCCAAUGCGUUAUGGUUGCACAAGUCGACCCGCUUACACUACGCCGUGCGAACCUUGAUUCGAAGUCAAAAAAGGUGUUCCAUUCUCUGGACCCGACGAAACCCCUCCUGGAAUCCCUAAAGAAUACCCAGUUUGUUGAAUAUCCGACGAUCGAGAUAUGGGAAGAGUUUUCUGGGACGAUUAUAGAUACACAGGGGAUUUUGAAGCAGGAUGAGGAGGAGAGGCCGGUGAAAAGGCGAAAAAUGUCUCGCAAAGCUGGGAAGAUGGCUAUAGCGGGGCUUUUGGGAGAAUACGGAAGCGAAGAUGAAGACGAACUGGCUAAGGAGGAGCCUAAGAGUGUACUAGCAGCAUUGGGGGAUUAUGUUGACAGCGAGGAGGGAGAGGAGGACAACAUGGAUGAAGCUAAGCUAGUGGAAGGUGAUGCGCUAGAGGAUGUAGACCUAGAUGAACUAAGUGACGACUUGGAAGGCGAGGUGCAAGUGGACCCUGCUGUCCUUCUAGAGCUAAUGCGAGCAGCGCGAGGUGGGGAGUGGGUACCAGAAGGAGAUGAUGCGGUAGACUGGGGAGAUAUAGUGGACGAGAGCUAA